AAUGUGCCUUUCAGCUUUACAACUACGCUUGCAAGCGCAACAGUCAUUCUGUUUGCCGUCAGUGGGAUUCUAGGCUCGCAAAGAGUUACCCCAGCGCAUCCACCAUACCUAACCUCUUUACUGAGGCGCGCGACGGCUUCCGAUUACGGUCACACCUAUUCAGCGCUCUACCGAAAGUAUUGGCGCAUAUCACCCAGUAGCUCAACAGGCACCGAUUCGUCGUUCAGCCAUGCCCGAUUUCGACAGCUCAGACACUUACCGACGUGGAGAUGAUGAAUUCGAUCUUCCCCGAUUUGCAGUGCAUGAAGCAAGACCCAAUCCCUAUGGUAGCACGAGUAAAUCACUCGGUGCACCACUCAAUCCGUACAGCAAUUCCAUCGUGUACCCUGGUCCACCUCAAGCGGUCCAUUCGUUGUCGUUAUCUGGCCGGCAGCCUCAACACCCAACUAGAUUGCCACAGAUCAUUGAUUCGGACAUGCUCAGCGGAGCGGCCAACCUUGUUCGAAGUGCUUCAAUGAGUGGUCGACAGAGACCGGGAAAUCAUCCCCAGGAUGAUAUCGAACGGGCAUAUUCUGAUGCAAGCGUCAGUCGGCAGCCUCAGCAGCAUCCUGCCACCAAUUCCUUGUACCCGUCCUCCGUUGUGUACGGCAGUGGUGCCGCGUCAACAGUUGAUCCCAACUCUCAGGCGCACGAGGGGCCGGCGUAUACUCCUAGAAGAUCACUUACCCAUAUUGUGCAUCCCCAGUCAGGUCCGUACAACAUGGAAGCGGGUUAUUCGUCGUCUCCUGUUUAUUCCGAUCCAUAUGCGAAGAAUGGGGACCCUGCUCCAGUUCUGAACACUCCUUUACAAAACAUGAAAUCACCCACUUCCCCUCUUCGACAUCCUGCAUCCCUUACCCCACAACAGUCCCCGAACCUUCAACCGUACCACCAUAGCAUCUCAUCCACUUUUCAAAGAUCCGCUUCGACACAUGAGUUAGCACAACAGCUGCAGCCCACCUCCGCGUCCACCAUUCCGUCCCCGUACAACUUGAGCACCUCAAGACACGGUUCCUCCUCGACACCUGUCUCGCCCAUGGUUGGUUAUCCUUCUCGGCAUCAAUCACCACAGAUGUACUACCAGCGCGAUGAGGAUUCGGCCGUACAGCCCAUGACAAUAGAUUCAUCAACACGACCACCGCUGCCGCAGCAGGUCGGGUUUCGACGGAUUCGAGACACGCGGGAUCUAAGACCGAAAGUCAAUUCCCAGCCUUCAGGGAGACGCGCAGACUACAGCGGAGGUGGCGUGUAUUUGAGCCCGUUGAGAAGUUUGACUACGAACUUGGCCCAGACGUAUAAUAUUUGCAAUCCCCAGUUUCGCUACGAGAGCACACACAAUCCUCGACGGGUCUUAACGAAACCUAGCAAACCAGUUCACAACGAUGGUUACGAUAAUGAGGAUUAUGAUUAUAUUCUCUAUGUGAAUGACUGUCUUGGUGCGGAGGAUAGCGGGAACAGAUAUUUGAUCCUAGACGUUUUAGGUCAAGGUACUUUCGGUCAGGUUGUCAAGUGCCAGAAUAUGAAGACCCAUGAGAUUGUGGCCGUAAAAGUCGUCAAGAAUAAGCCGGCUUACUUCAAUCAGAGUAUGAUGGAAGUUACUAUAUUAGAGCUUCUCAAUAACACGUGGGACCCGCACGAUGAGCACCACAUCCUUCGAUUGCGCGAUACUUUCAUCCACAAGAACCAUCUUUGUCUGGUGUUUGAACUUCUUUCUUCAAACCUUUAUGAGCUCAUUAAGCAAAACUCGUUUGGCGGGCUCAGCACCCAGCUUGUAAAAGUGUUUACACAGCAGCUGCUGGAUUCGUUGUCCAUCCUUAAUGAGGCGAAGCUGAUACACUGUGAUCUCAAACCAGAGAAUAUCCUUCUUGUCUCCCUUCAAACUCCACAAAUUAAAAUUAUAGACUUCGGAUCAGCAUGUCACGAGCGGCAAACAGUUUACACGUACAUUCAGUCGCGCUUCUACAGGUCACCUGAGGUCCUGUUGGGUUUACCAUAUACCUCCGCGAUCGAUAUGUGGUCACUGGGGUGUAUCGCUGUCGAGCUAUUUCUUGGAUUGCCACUGUUCCCUGGAACCAGCGAGUACAACCAGAUUACUCGAAUAAUUGACAUGCUUGGAAUGCCGCCACAGUAUAUGCUUGAGAUGGGAAAGCAGACCAGCCAAUUUUUUUCACCGUACUCGGACGAGUAUGGCAGGAAGAAGCAUCGGUUGAAGUCACUUGAGCAAUAUUCGCGGGAGCACGGUACACCAGAGCAACCUGGGAAGAAGUACUUCACAGCAAAUACACUGCCGGAGAUUAUUCGGACAGCCCCUCAGCCGAAAUCUGCUACUAAGCCUGCUGAUUUGGAGAAAGAAGCGCAGAACCGAGCAGCAUUCACGGACUUCGUUCAAGGGCUAUUGCAAAUAGACCCAUUACUCAGGUGGACUCCACAGCAAGCCCGUAAGCAUCCUUUCAUUACGGGCGAAAAGUUUAUUCGGCCUUUCGUGCCCGGGGAUUUGGCAGGCCGAACUCAAUCGCAAUCUCCUGGCUCUCUCCCGCCGUCCGUCGAUCCGAAGAGACCCUACGGCGGCUUGGUCCCCUCUCAGCCUAAAGGCACUCGAGCGUAUCAAGAUGCUGCUUCGUACAAUCAGCACCUCGCACAGCACCAAGCGUAUACCGCUCAAGCCGCUAGCCAGGCUGCCCAGCAGCAGAUCCGCAACCCAUACAUGCAGGAUCACCAACAACCUGUUGUGCAGGGGCAAUCCUAUGAACGACCUGGUUAUUCAUCUAACAUCAGCACUAGCCAAGCGCCGCAAUCCUAUCAAUCAGCUUCACAACAGCCCCAAACGCAGAAUCAGCAGCAGGGCUAUGGUUCGUCCAAUGAUAUGAGCAACCCCCCAUCCUCUUUUUACCCACCGACACGGGCUCGGGCGAAUACUAUCAACCAGAUGGACACUGCUGUUCCUCCCCAGCUCGCACGCAUCGCCAGUCUCGGAAUGGAUGUUGCUGGGAUCAAAAGGAAUACUCUCACUCCGGUAUUGAACCGCGAAGAAGCAAUAAGGGAAUGGGAACGGCGGCGAGCUGGGCAUGCUCCGCCCCAAGCAUCAUACCCUCAGCUGGAAUAUCUACAGCAGCAGGCGGAGCUGGCAUCGGGGAACUGGACCACUUCACCAGCCAGUCAUUCUCGUCGAUAUGCACCCCAUCAGCCAUCAUCGCUGCAAUUCCAGUCCCCACCUUCUGCAGUUGUCUCCGACUCUUCACGGCAUCUGCUAGAGAAGAAUACCGGGCCUUUGAGGGAUAUCACUCUAUCGUCAACAGGAACAACGGCUGUGAGUGACGCCUACGGAGCUAAUUCCCACCAUCACGCUGCGCUCCCCAAUGCACCCCCACAAGUGUACAACAGCAGUUCAACAUCUGGACGUUAUGCGUCUAAUUCGACCUCUUAUCCGUCGUCGCAGUCACAGAGCAAUCCAUAUGACUCCUAUGACCAUCGUGAUGGGAUGGGGACCCUUUACGCUCCUUUGCAGCCGAAUGUACUUACAAAUCAAGGGCAGCAAUCCCUGUCGACGAGCUCCAGUAACAGUAACGGCAAUUCACUUGCCGCCGCUGCCUCGUCAUUCUACGGCGGCCGAGUAGGCGUAUCAAAUCAGCAGCAACCGGUUUACGGACAACCAUCACAGCAAAGCCAGCAAGGUCCCUUGAACCCCCCGCCUCAAGCUCAUCAAGUUGACAUGUGGUCACGGUGAGCCUGCGUCACCGUGUACUUGAGCAUUGAGAUGCGCUGGCCCAUCUCCGAACGCCCUUAAUCAAUGGAUGAUGCGAAAAGUGUAUAAUUAUGUGCCGUGACCCUCGGCACUCCGGGCUGGAAAUCUUGUACGCAUCCACAUCAACUUGUCACGGUGUCGCCCUCACGCCACCCACACUGCCCGCCUACGCAACGAAUGCUGCUUUCGCGAGCCACUAAACGGAAGUAUACAUGUAGCCCUCAAUAUUUUCCCGCUCAGAAUCUAAUCAUUGAUGCAGCCAUUUCUACAUCACUCACUUUGGCAAUCUUCGUUCCCUGUAUGCUCAGACAAUAGUUCAGUUCAGCUCAGACAUCAAGGUUCAUGACACAUGAUCGCGGCGGGUUAAGGCG